AUGGGUAGAAGAAAUGUUCAUGCAUUGCUAAUGCUGCUACUUUUGCUGGCAUACUUGGUUGGCACAAGUUAUGGCUCUAGGCACACUCAAGUUUUCAACAUGCAGCCAAAAUCUCAGGGCUUGUCUCGAAAUUUCUUCGGUUUCUUGCCAAAGGCAAUGCCAUUGCCACCUUCAGGGCCUUCCAGGCAGCACAACAGCAUUCAAUUACAAAACUCAAGGGGGAAACAACCAUAG